CUUGAACAGCAACUGAAGUUAAUGGAAAGCUUAGCUACCACUGCAAGGACAGACAGUACAUAGGCACAAUUCAAGUUUAAAGUAAGAGAAGCUUUUAUAGAAACUGAAUUUUGGGUGGACUUAUAGAGAUGAAAAUUGAUAUUCACAGUCACAUUCUUCCUAAGAAAUGGCCUGAUCUAAAACAGAGAUAUGGCUAUGGAGGAUGGAUCCAACUGGAGCAUGAUUCCAAGAGAGAAGCUAAAAUGAUGAAGGAUGGAAAAGUUUUCAGAGUUAUUCAAGAGAACUGCUGGGAUCCAGAGGUUCGAAUUAAACAGAUGAACAAAUCAGGUGUCACUGCCCAGGCUUUGUCUACAGUUCCUGUCAUGUUUAGCUAUUGGGCCAAACCACAAGACACCCUAGAUCUCUGCCAAUUAUUAAAUAAUGACUUGGCUGCUACAGUAAAGAAGUAUCCAAAGAGGUUCAUUGGUCUAGGCACACUCCCCAUGCAAGCUCCAGACCUGGCUGUGAAAGAAAUGCAUCGCUGUGUAAAGGAGCUUGGAUUUCCUGGUGUGCAGAUAGGUUCCCAUAUCAACAAUUGGGACUUGAAUGUCCCAGAACUCUUUCCAGUCUAUGCUGCUGCUGAGCAAUUAAACUGCUGCAUCUUUGUGCAUCCCUGGGACAUGCAAACAGAUGGAAGGAUGUCUAAAUAUUGGCUUCCCUGGCUUGUAGGAAUGCCCUCUGAAACCACCAUUGCCAUUUGUUCCAUGAUUAUGGGCGGGAUUUUUGAAAUUUUCCCCAGACUGAGAGUUUGCUUUGCCCAUGGUGGUGGUUCGUUUCCUUUCACAUUAGGACGCAUUUCCCAUGGAUUCAAAGUGCGACCUGAUUUGUGUGCAUUAGAUAAUAAAACUGAUCCAAAGAAAUACCUUGGUUCGUUCUACACUGAUUCACUCGUCCACGAUCCACAUGCCUUGAAGCUUCUGGUUGAUGUAAUAGGAAAGGACAAGGUGAUGCUGGGAACAGAUUAUCCUUUUCCACUAGGGGAACAAGAACCUGGAAAACUAAUUGAUUCCAUGGAGCAGUUUGGUGAGGAUCUAAAGGAUAAGAUGAAGUUUGACAACGCUCUCACAUUUUUAAAUCUUGACAGAAAGCAGUUUGAGUGAUUUUAAAAAUUCCUACAUGUAUCAACAAUGUUAGAUUUUUUUUGUGUACAACCACACAUCUAUAUUGUUCUGUGCAUUUGGACUGACUGCAUAAAUCUUCAUGCUUCGUUAUUCACUUCUUCCAUUUAAAGGGAGAGCCACAGAUUUGCCUAGAAUCUUACAUUGUAGGAAAUAGACCAUCCAUAAAUUGAAUAAAUAAAUGAUUGAAUGAA